AUGGAACGUGAAGACAAAGCAGAAUCAAUGAGAAAAUGGAGAGAAAACCAAAAGGAGAAGAAAAGAAAGUACAGAAAAGCAUUCUAUGAAAAAAAUAAGGCCAGAAUUGCAGAACAGCAUGCCCAGAAAAAGAAGAGAAAGGCAGAUCAACAAACACCACGUGCAACACGAAACAGGCGUCUCAGGGCGGGAAAUAAUGCGGGAAAGUCAAGCACUGAAAGAGUGAAAAAUUUUCGCCAGAAAAGGGAUGCAGAAAAGGAAAGGUCAAAAGAGCGGGUCGAAAGAAAAAGAGUGCAAAGUAGAGAAAGGUCAAAGAAUUACCGAGAACGGAAACGGGCCGCCACUGCAGAUGAAUUUACGGACGACAUGUCAGUUUCUCCCGCUUCAUCAUUCCAAAGCCGUAUGGCGAAAAAAAGGGCUUUAGACCAAACCAAAAACGUUUUACCGCAGACCCCGGAGAAAAAGGUUGAAAUUGUUGAGAAUCUUGUAAAGAGUCCUCGAACAAGAAAAGCGCUUCAAAAGAAAGGUGUUGUGAAAUCUCCCGAAGAGGAAAAAGAGACGGAGGUGUUAAGGGCGUUGGUCAGUGACCUGAGUGGUGCAAUAGAAGUCCUAAAGCAUGACAAAAAAAGCGAAAGUAGAGCUGCUUUUGGCGCAAUGAAAUCAUUGGCAUUUGGGGAAACAGUGAAAAAGAAAAGGCUGACGUCCUCGGUUUCAAAGUUAGUUUCGCUGGAUAGACGCUCUGUCAGCCGGGGAAUUAAGCGCAGAGCAGAAGUCCUUAAGGGAGAUGAACCCAGUUGGCUGUUCACCAAGAGGAAACCCAGAAUUGACUCAGUAAGUGAAGAGAUCAAGCAGACAAUAUGCCAUUUCUGGACAUAUGAGGCAAGUAGGCCCACAGGGGAUAAGAAAGACCUCAUCAGAAAGCGCAUUGGUCCUAAACAGUACCUCGAGCAUGCAAAGCAUGUGCUAGAACAGACACAGAGUGAAGCAUUUUUCAACUUCCGCGCUCAAUAUCCAGAAGUCAAAAUUUCACAGCGUAAAUUUGAACAUUUGAAGCCCUACUUUGUGAAAGCAGCAAGAGAAAGGGACAGACGAUCCUGCUUAUGUAGAAAACACGAGGAAGCAAGGCUGGUCUUCAACGAAUGCGUUAAGUUCAGAAAGAAUUUGUUAAAAGAGGCUGUUAAUGCUGACAAUCCACCUCUUCCAAUGUCCCUUAGUGAGGCUGUAGAGAUGACUUUGUGUCCAAAGCCCGAAGGAAGUGAGUUCCACAAGUUUGGUUGCAUAAACAGAACAUGUGACAACUGUGGGACACACCUCUUUCGGCUUUUACCAGAGGACAGUUCUGGAAGUGAAUUAGUCAAGUGGAAACGCUAUGACUACGUGGCCACUGGAAAGCUGACCUCUUCUGGGGAUCAACAGAAGAAGAUUGCCCUUGUACAGCAGGAAACAGCACCAAAGGAACUGUUCCAGUAUUUCAUUAAGCUGCUAGAAGCUUACCCCCUGCACCAGUUCAUGGCAGUUUGGCAGAGAAAGCAGCUUGAUGAUCUACUGGAAAAUCUACCUCUCGGCCAUGUAGUUUGUAUUCAUGACUACUCUGAGAGCUAUUCCUGCAGAGGCCAAAAUGAAAUACAGUCCCAAUAUUUCGAUGUAAACAAGGCAAGCCUCCAUAUCACUGUUAUGUUCCGCCAUGCAACUAUGGACGCUGAUGGAAAGGAAAGUACCGCUGAGGAUCCAUGUGUCCUCAAGGAGCAUGUUUUCGUGAUCAGCGACGACCCAGUGCAGGAUUUCGACUCUGUGCAUCAUGCGCAGAGGCUCAUAGCAAAAUACCUUACCCAAGAUCUUAAGGUAACCGUUAACAAAAUGCACGAGUUCACUGAUGGCUGCGCUGCACAAUACAAGUCGAGGCACUGCAUUGGGGACCUGUCCUGCUGUGUAGCUGAUUUUGGUUUUCCGAUUCAGCCUAACUAUUUCGAAACAUCCCAUGCGAAAGGAGAACAGGAUGCUGCAGGCUCCCAUGUCAAACAACAAGCCACACUUGCUGUUAUACGUGGAAGAGCCGAUAUAACAAAUGCCAAGCAGCUAUGUGACCACUUAACAGCAAACUUCUCCAAGCCUGCCCAGUCUUCUUUUCCGUCCCGUUCAACUGCGGUGAGCCUGAAGAGGAGACUGUUUUAUUAUGUUCCAGCAGAAGGAGAAGAAGGUGUUCCCAGGAAUCGAGAUGGCCGCCGAAAGCCAUCAAAGGCAUUAGAAAAUUGCACUCAGUGCUCACUUCUCCUCAGCAACUGA